AUGGCUUCGUCGUGCUUCUAUAGAAGCUGCCCGAUGGAUUUGCCCCUUGGUAGCAGUCGCGAUGCUAUCUUCAUCGUCGGUGUCGUUACCAUAGGCUGUGUGGCUGCUCAGAGAGUAAACGAGGUAGUUAGGCCAGAUCUAGAUAUAAGCUCAAUAGACUCUCACGCGGAUCUGGGCAACGAGACCAAGGCCAUCGAGGAGACCGGAGCCGAGGAGCAGUCAUCUCUGCCUUCAUCAAGGCCCAAGAACAAGACGCAACGUCGGGCUACUCGUCGCAGAAUUCAUUACAAGGAGGACACAGACGGCGACAUCUCUGACGAUGAAGGCGAAGACGAUGACGAUGACGAUGACGAUGACGAAGACGACGAUCAGAGUGCAGUCACGGAGGCCAUGACCGACGAUAGCAUGAGUCUGUCAAGUCUCGCAUCAAGAGAGGAGUAUACAGCGGAGGAACUGGCUGACGAUGGCAUAAGUCUGUUAAGUCUCGCAUCAGGAGAGGAGUAUACAGCGGAGGAACUGGCCGACGAUGGCAUGAGUCUGUCAAGUCUCGCAUCAGGAGAGGAGUACAUAGCGGAGGAACUGGCCGACGAUAGCAUGAGUCUGUUAAGUCUCGUAUCAGGAGAGGAGUAUAUAGCGGAGGAACUGGCUGACGCUCAGAAUCAGCUGAAUAACUAA